AUGCUGCUGGUGGUCGUCCAGUCCACCAACGCAUACAAUCUGAUCCCCAGUGACCCUAACAGUGUCAAGACCAUCGCAAGGUCAAUGACGGAAGACCUCAUGUCUUUCUACGACGGAGACAAGCCGGGCAACACACCUGGUCUGCUUCCCCUGCCACACUACUGGUGGGAGGCCGGCGCCCUCAUGGGUACUAUGAUCGAUUACUGGUACUACACCGGCGAUGAUACCUGGAAUGACGCCGUCACCCAAGCACUUCUGCACCAAGUCGGCAGAUAUAACGAUUACAUGCCCGAAAACCAGACAUUGACUGAAGGCAACGACGACCAGGGCUUCUGGGGACUUGCUGUCAUGUCUGCCGCCGAGCUUAAAUUCCCCGAUCCUCCCAAGGACAAGCCUCAGUGGCUUGCGCUUGCACAAGCAGUGUUCAACACUCAGGCCGCACGUUGGGAUCCCGACCAUUGUGGAGGAGGGCUUAGAUGGCAGAUAUUCAACUGGAACCUCGGGUACGACUACAAGAACACCAUCUCGCAAGCCUGCUUCUUUGCCCUCGCAGGCCGUCUGGCCCUCUAUACUGGCAACACAUCAUACUCCGACUGGGCCGAAAAAUCGUGGGAAUGGAUGGUAAAUGUCAAAUUUGUCACGGACGACUACUACGUCUACGACGGCGGUCACAUUCAGUACAACUGCACAAACAUCGUGCCCUAUCAGUGGACCUACAACGCCGGUGGCAUGAUCCUCGGUGCGGCUGCCAUGUACAACUAUACCAAGAGCGAUGUGUGGAAGAGUCGGCUGGAUGGGCUUGUGAAGGCGGCCGAUGUUUUCUUCGUGGGGGCGGAGAAUAACAUCAUGCAGGAGGUUGCGUGUGAGACGGUGAAUCUCUGCAACCUCGACCAGCAGUCCUUUAAAGCAUAUCUCAGUCGUUGGCUGGCCAUCGCCACUAAAUGGGCCCCGCACUUGACAGAGCGCAUCAUGGCCAAGAUCCGCCCCUCGUCUGUUGCGGCUGCAGCCCAAUGCAGGGGUGGAACGAACGGACGCAUGUGCGGACUGAAGUGGACCGAGAACGGGACUUGGGAUGGAAUGCAAGGUGUCGGACAGCAGAUGGCGGCCCUCGAAAUCACCCUCGGAAAUAUCGUUGGAAUAUCCAGGGACCACGUUACCGCCGAAGGCGGCGGCACUUCUCAAGGCGAUCCCGGAGGCGGGGGCAGCGACAUUGGACGGACGAUCCCGGCCGUCUCAAAUUAUCCGCCUUUGAGUCCAGGCGACACGGCUGGAGCAGCAAUCCUAACGAUGCUGGUUCUCGGGAUGCUUGUUGUCGGGAUUGCUUGGAUGAUGAUAGACGAAACAUCAAAGAAACCCCUCCAGCAGCGGUUUUACGACUUCAGAUCCGCGCUUCUCGGAGGCGGGGGCCCGACGGCCUUGACCAAGCGACAUAAGACGGACGAGAUGAAUGAGAAAGGCAAAGGGAUCGACCAAGAUGGUUCCAGCGACGGAGCAAGCUCCCACGAAAACGGUAUAUUGACCUCACUACCGCCGACGAGGAAUGAUGCGAGUGGCCACCGAUAUUUGACGCAGCGAGACAGCAUGGUGUCUGAAAUGAGCGGCACGUCAGCGAUCUCAGCCCGUCCCACAAAGAUCCCCAUGGUCCGGGAGAAGAGAUUGAGCAGGACAAAUGGGCACUCUACGUUGCGGAACAGCGUAGCGUCGCAGCGGUCUGCUCGGAUCGAAUAA